AUGGAAUCAAUUGAUGAUGUUCUUAAGCUUUCUCAAGUAUACAGCCAAAAGGUGUCUGAACCAGGAGUUGUUCUUGUUGAGUUUGUCUUCUCAAUUUUAUGGCAGUUACUUGAAGCAUCUUUAGAUGAUGAAAGGUUAUUAGAUCAUAUUCCAGAGAUUAAGCCAAGAUGGCUAAGCAAAUCAGAUGAUAUGGAUAUUGAUGAGCCUGUCAGCAACAAUAAAAUGGAUACCCAGCAGAAGGAGAGGUUGCAGAGGGGAAAUACAACGUUGGCUAUUGAGAUCAUUGUAGAAUUUUUGCAGAAUAAAAUGACAUCAAGGCUUCUUUCCUUAGUUCAUCGAAACAUGCCAUUACACUGGGGAUAUUUCAAUUACCAAAUGCAGCUGCUUGCAUCAAACUCUUCAAUUUUGAGGAAUUCGAAACAUAAUGCAGACACCCUUUUAUCUUUGAUGGAAAAUAUCCGCAGCAAUACAAAAUUUAAGCUGGAGUCUAUUGUAGGCAUACCUUCUGGUUCUCAAAUAUCUUUUGCUGGUCAAUCUUAUGGUAGUAGUUGGUCUUCAUUCUGGCUUUCUAUUGAUCUUAUACUUGAAGAUGCUUUGGAUGGAGGGCAAGUAGCAGCUUUUAGUGCUAUUGAAAUUAUCACUGGUUUGGUAAAGAUUUUACACAGUGUUAAUGGCUCUAUGUGGCAGAAUACAUUUUUGGGUUUAUGGUCUGCAGCGCUGCGGUUGGUUCAAAGGGAAAGAGAUUCAAAACCAGGCCCUAUACCUCGUCUUGAUACUUGCAUGUGUUUGUUAUUGAGCAUUACAACACAUGUGGUCGCAAAUAUUAUUGAAGAAGAAGAAAGUGAAUUGAUUGAAGAAGCUGAACGUGUCCCUACAAAUCAAGGAAAAAUUGAACAGAUUCGGGGGAAGCGUCGCGGGGAAUUGAUUGCUAGUUUACAGUUAUUGGGUAAUUCUCAGUAUUUGCUUACUCCACCUCAAACUGUUCUCAUGGAAGCCAAUCAAGCUGCUGUAAAGGCUACUAAGUUUGUAUCACAAAACCCUGUGGGUACUGGGCACUUAGAAUCAUUGACCAUGGAUGACUUGCCUACGAACUGUUCUGGAAACUUACUGCAUCUAAUUGUUGAGGCCUGUAUUGCAAGAAAUAUACUCGACACAUCAGCAUAUUAUUGGCCUGGCUAUGUGAAUCCCCGCAGCAAUCAAAUUCCUUCUAGCAUUUCUAACCAUGUGGAUGGCUGGUCUUCAUUGAUGAAGGGAUCAAAGUUAACUCCUGGAUUAGUUGAUGUCUUAACAGAAACUCCUGCUUCCAGGUAG